AUGAGCAAAGAGUCGUUGUUUGUUGACGAGGACAUGGAUGUUGAUGUUGACAUGAGUGAAACAUCAGAUGCUGAGGAUGAUCCAGUAGUUAAAGAGAUCCCAUUGAAUCUGUUGAGUAAGGAGCUUGAUCUUCAUUUGCUGCAGUAUGUUAAUAAACCACGGUUACUUGGGAGAAAGCCAGUUGAACAUCCUUUUGUACUGGCUAGUAGAUAUAAGAAGAAGUCCGCCCUGUGGGAAUUGGAUAUUCCGCUAGAUGAACAAGCCUUCUUCAACAAGAAUAAGACCGAGAACGAGUGGGAGGCUGCAAAUUUACAGACACUGAGAGGCGUGGGUGUUCCGAAUGAGGGCCAGUAUGCUGCCAUUUGCGUUGAUGGAGAGUUAUAUCUGAGCAAAAUAUCUGAUGUGGCUCAAAUGAGACCGACUUUCAAGUAUCUUGAUAGCAUUGCACAGAAGAAAAAACAAGAAGAAAAUAAGAACAAUAUGACAGCGGCAAGUCAACGAUCACAAGUGGUCACCAUGUCUGUAAAAAGUGUUAGUGAUCAAUCACAAAAUCGUCUUACUGGCUCAUUACUUGCACAUAAAAUCGCUGAUGAAGACGACUACGAAGAGUACGAAUGGACUAUUGAUCAGUUUGAACAAUUUAAGAACGCAGUUAUAGAAGAAUCACAAAAGAAUAUUCUCGAACCACAGCAAAGUACAGAAAGCUACAUUUCUUCUUUAGUAUGA